UGUUAUAGCCUAACCCCCUCGCCCGCUAACGAGCGGUUGCGAAAGACGAGACUGUGUUGUGUGGUGCGUGGCCUCAGGCAAUAUAGGGGCUGUCUCUAAGACUAGCAUAUCGAGAUCCGGCUGGGCAGAACGCAGGCUUUUAAAAUCGGUCUUAUUCGUCCGAUCAAAUAGCACCGAAUGAAGCUCGCUCUCCUCGUCGUGCUCCUCGCGGGCUGCGUCCGCGAAGCGCAAUCAUCGUCGCAGGGCCAACAGGACGGCAUCGUGCGGAGUAUCUUUGAAGUGAUCAGCACGACGAAUAGGUACUUCGUCGAGCUCGGUUUCGACGCCGCGAGCUACGAGGACCCGGGCGCGACGGGCAGCAACACGCACGCGCUGUGGUUGGAUGGAUGGCGCGGUCUACUGAUUGACGGGGACCACGAGAACGAAACGAUAAAUCUGCACCGCGCGUUCGUGACUUCCAGUAAUGUCGUCGCGCUGCUGCGGAAACUGGGAACGCCGCUCGAGCCGGACUAUAUAAGUAUCGACGUCGACUCGACCGAUUUAUAUAUUCUUGAGCGAGUACUAACGACGCUGCGGCCGCGCGUCGUGACGAUCGAGUACAACUCCAACUUCGGCGACGGCGACAGCAGCGCGCUCGCGUUCCCGGACACGGACUGGAUGCCGCUCGGCGCAUCAAAGGGCGCGUUCGCGGCGACUUGCUUUUACGGGUCGUCUGCCUCCGCAAUUUAUGCCGUCGCCACCGCCGCGGGCUACGUUGUGGUCGGCGUCGUGUACGGCCUCGACCUCGUGCUGGUGAGGGCGAGCCUCUGGCCACAUCCAGGAAUUCCGCUGGCGAAUUUGACAAAGCGCCUCGACACGUGGCCAGCGAUGAGCGUCGAGGACGCCGCUGCCCUUAUUGAUCACUCUGUAUAUGCCGCAGGAGGCUCGCUCUGCGCGGCGCGGCGCGCAGCCGCGAUUGCCUUGAGGCGCCUCGCGCGCGCGCCCAAUCUUGAACCCUGUACGUGCUUUUUGGGAGACGCGGACUGUGUACAAUUUACGAAGGGCUGCUCGUGCUUCCGCGAUUUGGCGGAUUUGCCCGUGCCCGACUGCGUGGAUGUCACAUCACCACACGCCGCCGACGUCAAAGCAGUCAGCGUCGAGGGCCACCGCUGGCGGGCGCGCGUCGACCUGCCGGCGGCCUACCUUGAUAGAUUAGACGCGUCGUGGUUUCGGACGAGCGUCAAAAUCGAUGUCGGUCCGGGUGGCGCUACGGAAAAAUAUGGCUAGGCCUGUCUUGUGUAACUGCCGCAUACCCUGCACUAACUUGAAUGUACCGUGACCGCAUGCGGUACAUUAGUCUGCGCGCUCGUGAUAAUGUCACC